AGGCCAAGUUACGAACGAACCGUCGAGCAAGCAACAUGCAUACCCAUUUCAUCGCCAUCCUGCUGGCCGCCGUGGCCAUUGGCUCUAGCAGCGCAAACCCCAGCCUGGUCUCGGGACCCUCGAAGAUGUUCCAGAUCAUGAGUGCCACCAACGAGUUGCAGCGCAACAAUCCCGCCCUGGCCACCGCCUGCUUCAAUCACUAUCAGGUCGUCUUCGAUGAUGAUUACACUGCCUACGAGGCGGAGUAUAAGCAGUGCGAUGACGAGUUUGGCGCCGGCAAGAACGGAGUCCUGGAGAGGUACAACAGCAAUGUCUGGGAGUUGAGCAACACCACGUACGCCUCCUGCAAGGCUCUGAUUGACUGCGACCAGAGGAGCAACAGUCUGGACUCGCUCAACUGCUACUCUACUCAGGGCAAUGACAACUCCAACGAGGUGAAGAACGUGGCCACAAAUGCCUCUAUCACCGCCGGAACCCUGAACCAGGAGAUCAACAACCUGGACUUCACCCGUCAGCUCUGCGCCAAUAACUCGGCCCGCAACUACGAGACCCGCUCCGCUCAGUCUUACGUUGACUUCCAGGACUGCCUGGCUGGCAAAACUCCUGUUCCAGAGCCCACUACAACUACGAGUCAACCAAUUACCAGUGUGCCUACCACCGUCGAGCCCCCCACCACUCCUAGACCCACCACUACCCCCGCUCCCACCGAAACUACCGAAACUACCAGGGGGGAGCAACCUACGACUACCCCUGAACAGUCUUCUUCCCCUUGGAUAACUCAGACCUAUCCGCCCUCGACCGUUUCGCCUUUCAACCAUGGCGGAAGCAGCGCUGAGGAGAAGAAGCAGUGGAUGAACAAGCUGGAUAACAUUCUCAAGCACCUCCUCUAAGGAAAACGAGAGAUAUUUUAAAUGUAAUAAACUGCAAUAAAGAGAAAUAAUUUCUGUAUAAUUUUA